AUGAACGGGCUUUCGCCUUGCCCUACUGCUACCAUCACUACGACCAGUAUCACAGUCAGUGAACCUCCAACAUCAGCUAAGACCUCACAAGAGAAUGCGAUACAUAUCCCUCGGUCUAUAGCCCAUUCAGAAGCCGCAGUUAACAGACAUAAAAGACUACAGAAAACUAAACUGUGCAAAUACGGCGAAGAUUGCGAGUAUCGAGCCAUCGGUCGCUGCUUUUACGCCCAUUCUAUUGAAGAAGUCCAACCACGCCUUCCUAAAACUGAGGAGGAGGUCGUCAGUGAUUCCCUCCACAAAAUAGCAGCAGAGAAUGCCGAGACUAUACGUAACAUAGCUCUACAAGAACAAGCUGCUGCUAUGCUAGCUGCGAACCCUUGGUACUACAACCCACAGAUCGCCGCUACUCUGGCUGCUACCUCUAUGGCCGCUGGUCCCCCGGCCAUACCCCGGGCUUAUGCAGCAUCAGCUACCGCUUAUUGGGCCGCCCUUCUCGGCCAGGCAGCCACUGCUGGCGAAUUGGCUAGGGCGGUGGGUACGACGACAAUUCCAAGCCUUAUGGCCUCGAGCGCUGUGGCCGCUACCUCAAUCUUGGACAAGUCGGAAGCGAUCCCGGGGUACGGCCAAGUCCCUCUGGCAGACUUUGCCAUGUUGGGUUUGCCGGGUGGUGGAGGUCUGCUACCUCCUGCUGUGAGUGCUCCUGUUACUGCUUCUGUCAACGACUCAAGCUCGGCUUUGUUGACGAAACCACCCGGAUUGGUUUCCCAUGAUGAGAGCCCUGAUGCUUCCUCAAAGGCCCCCUCAGUAGAUGGCCAUGGUGCCCGUACGAGCAAGGCCAAUGACUAUGAUGCUGUCGAGACCCAGAGUGACUUUGGUGGUACCAGAGAUCUGGCCAGUCUAGGAGUUAGCAUGAACAGCAUGUAA